AUGAGGAACCCCAAAACCAAGAAAUCCAAUGCUCGCAAGCAGCGAAGGCUCUCGGAGGUGGAGGAGAUCGAACUCCUUGAUGCCUGGAUCGAGUCCGGGAAGCCUGAUUCGGGCUCUAACCCCCUCGCUUUUCCUCCACCGCCUCCUUCCGCGCCGGUUGGUCGCUUGGCGGACGGUGGGUUCUCGCCGUACGUAGGUUGCAAGCUCUUCCAACAGCUCCCGAUAUCGCAGAAGACCAAGGACGGGCUCAAGCGCAAGUACACUGAGAUGAGUGAGAUUCAGCGUGCUUCGCUUCCGCACACCCUCUCUGGACGGGAUGUCCUCGGCGCUGCAAAGACCGGAUCUGGAAAAACCUUGGCUUUCAUCAUCCCGGUUUUAGAAAAGCUAUACAGAGCAAGAUGGGGCCCUGAGGAUGGGGUGGGGUGUAUCAUAAUAUCCCCUACCAAGGAAUUGGCUGGUCAACUUUUCGAGGAGUUCAAAUUUGUGGGGAAAUAUCAUAGUCUGAGUGCAGGCCUUUUAAUUGGUGGGCGGAAAGAUGUUGAAGCUGAAAAGGAACGUGUCAACUUUCUUAACAUCUUAGUUUGUACCCCUGGUCGGCUUCUCCAGCACAUGAAUGAAACUCCAAAUUUUGAGUGUUCAGAGCUGCAGAUUUUAGUGCUUGAUGAGGCCGAUAGAAUUCUUGAUGCUGGUUUCAGAUAUGAGGUAGAUGCAAUUAUAUCUCAGCUUCCAAAGCACCGGCAGACCUUGCUCUUUUCUGCUACGCAGACUAAAUCAGUUAAAGACCUUGCAAGGCUAAGCUUAAAGGACCCAGAGUACAUUAGUGUGCAUGCAGAAUCUGUGACAGCCACUCCUGAACGGCUAAAACAAAUUGCAAUGGAAGUUCCUCUUGACCAGAAGUUAAGUAUGCUCUGGAGCUUCAUCAAAUCACAUCUUCGUUCCAAGAUUCUUGUUUUCCUUUCAACCUGCAAGCAGGUUAAAUUUGUCUAUGAAACAUUCAAAAAACUACGGCCAGGAAUCCCUCUGAAAUGUUUGCAUGGUAGGAUGAAGCAAAUUGUGAGAAUGGCAAUAUAUUCUCAGUUUUGUGAGGAAACUUCUGUUCUCUUUUCAACGGAUGUGGCAUCCAGAGGACUUGACUUUCCUGCAGUUGACUGGGUGGUCCAGCUCGAUUGCCCUGAAGACAUCCCAGCUUAUAUUCACCGAGUUGGCCGUACUGCUCGCUUUGCUUCUGAGGGAAAAUCAGUUUUAUUCCUACUGCCUUCUGAACUGGAAAUGUUUAGAAAAUUACAAGCUGUUGAGCCUAAGAUACCGAUACAACUAAGGAAGGCUAACACACAAAGGAUGCAAUCUAUUUCGGGGUUGUUAUCAUCAUUACUAGUUAAGUUUCCCACCUUGAUGGAGUUAGCCAAGGGUGCCUUCAAAACAUAUUUGAGAUCUAUUAAGAAGCAAAAGGACAAAGAAGUUUUCGAUUUGUUCAAAUUGCCUAUAGAUGAUUUUGCUGCAUCAUUGGGCCUACCCAUGACUCCAAAGGUACGUUUCAUACAACAGAAGACGAAAAAGAAUACAGAAUCUGAAGAAACCACUGAUUCUGAGAACAAUGAGGAUGGAUCAAGACCUGCUUCUGAUGAAAAACAACAUUUAGAAGGUUUGGAAGAAGCAGAAGAUGAUGUUCUUUUCCCAAAGGAGUCAUCUGUAGAAAUUGAAGACAACCCAGCUGCUGUUUUUCCACUCAAGAAGCCAAAGAAAAAGAAACUGAAGAUCAAUGUACUCAGGCCGAUUGGUACCAGGAUAAAAUAUGAUGAUGAGGGCAAUAUCAUUCCGCCUCUUGCUGCUUUGGCCGACACACAACACGUAGAUGUCCUGGUUCGGCUUGAUAAAGUGAAGGAAAGAUACGAGAAGCUGAAAGAAGAAAUGAAACAACGGGACAAGGAGGAUAAGGUUUUGCAUAGGCAACGUCUUCGGGAAAAGAGAACCAAAGAAAAGAUGAAGCUGAAAAGACGGAGGGAAGAAGAUGAGGAGGAUGAUGAUGGUCUUGAUGUGGAUGAAACUGAGAGUGGAGUACCUAAGAAAUCGAAAUUGUAUUUCCAUAGUGAUGAUGAUGAUGCAAAUGAGAAGAGGGAGGAUGUGAGACUAAAAACAGAUUCAGUAUCUAUAGCUGAGCAGGAAGAACUGGCGCUCAAGUUAUUGAAUUCCAUGCAUUCUUGAUGAAUGUUUUAUCCUCUGUAUUUUUUGGGUGCAAAAUGUGCUUCACUACUGAGUACAUGUUCAGAUUUCAAUUUUGUGAGUUAAUUUUAGGGAGGCUAAGUAAAAAAGGAAACUCUUGCAAUUUCAUAAGGUGUGGUCUGAGUUCUUGAUUUUUGUAUUAUUAUGGUGUAGUUGAACAAUAAUAUUUUUCUUGGUAAUGAUCUU